GACCUGGCGACCCGAGCCUGAAGAGACUCAGGAGGUCUGUGUUACACUGACAAGACCUCGAAACGUAGGUGGCGGAGAACAUAAUAUAAUAAACUCCGAGGAAGCUUCAACGUAUGGCUCAGAAGCCUACAGACGAAGCAGCCUUCGGUGUUGCCAUGCCUGGUCGCACCUCCAUUCCCUCCGGCGACAACUCUGUUUGGGCCGAUGUGUCGCCCCUCCUUCAAGCCGCUUGCCAAGAUCUUCAGGAGGGAGAGCUGAUUCACGGGGAUAAUUUCAAUCUAUUUGCUGCAAUGUCAGCGUUGGAGAUAAUGGACCCAAAGAUGGAUUCAGGUAUUGUUUGUAGAUACUACUCUCUUGAGGAAGCCAUCGAGAAUGGAGCUGCUCCAGUUCCUGUUAAUGUUGAUAAGACAACUGAUACAUGCACAAUUGACAUUAUGGACCAUCUUCUGGCAUGUGAGGCAACAUGGCACAAGGGUCAUUCAUUGGCUCAAACUGUUUAUUCUUGCCUCUAUCUCCUACAGCCUGACAGAACAUCAUCGCAUGCCCUGUUGCACUCAUAUUGUAGAGUCAUUCGUGCAACCUGCAAAGCAGUUCUUUCAGUUGUCUCAGAUGCACGCACACAUGAAGAAGAGGAUCUAUUUACCAUGGCAUAUGGCCUUCCUCUGAGUGUAGAUGGAGAUGAGAAGUGCUUAUCGAUGCUAAAUGCUGUUGAGGAAUCAAUAUCACGCCAACUGCGUGCAUGUAAAUCAUCAUCUAAACGAAGAGUAUUAGAAGAUACGGAGCCGCUUCAAAAUAAUCCUGAUCUAGAAGAAGGCUACUGCAAAGCAUUGUUAUGCCGAUUACGUUUUCGUAAGCAUUUGUACCAUCUUUUGAUGUCUAUCAGACGGCCACAAGGGAGGGGACUGGAGUUGGCAAGGAAACACAUAGCUUCAUGCAUUUCGGAGCUUGAGUGCAUUUUAAAAUCCUCAGAGUUUCUUAGGGCUAGUGCUCAGGGAAUGUGUGAACAAAACAUAGAAGACACGACUGCAUCUGGUUGUCAAGCAAUUGGAUUUGAUGCUAGUUUAAACUGCAGAUCAUCAGCCCCAACUCCUCCCCGAUCUAUUAAAAUUCUCAGUUGGAAAAAGGCUGUUCAGUAUUUUGUGAAACUUCUGCAAGAUCUGGACAUUAUAUGUUCCUACUCUUUGGAUCCGUCACUGGAGGCUGCUUUGCACUUUGUGAUUAAAUUCCAGAAGUCUCAGCCUGAUUUGGUUGCUAGAUCUCAUCUUCAGCUCCUGCUGGUCCAAGAUGGGAAGCUCUAUGGACGGAUUCCAAUGUUUGCUUUGAUUACUAGAGCUGCUGGAUUGCCUGAAGUCACGAAGGAUCAUGACAUUCAAAAAACUGAAUCCAUGGUACAACUUGGGCAGUUAGUAAAUAAUUUGCUCAAAAUCCUGUGUACCAAUGCUGCAUGGCAAAGACGUAAGCUAGGGAAAAUGUUACAAGACUGGCGUGUCAUCUAUGUUCAGCUGGAGUUGGCUUUUAAAAAGGAGUUUGGAGAAGCUGCAACCCCUCCUAUGAUGAGUUAUGUUUCAAAAUAUCCAACAGAUCCUCAUGUGGGUGAAGAGCAAACUUACUGGAUAGCAUACCGUUUUCUUAUUUUGGGUUUUGAAUUGGAGCUCUACUCUGUACAUGAUUAUUGCAUG